AUGUCGAGUGGUGCUUCACACCAUGAGCUAACACGUGGGCGUGAUGGUUUGAAGGAACGGGAAUAUGUUUGGAAAAAAUCUCAUGCAGAUGAAUCUCCCGGCAGUAAUCCUCAGAUACUUCCGACUCUCGUGUUGCCGCACCAUUUGGUAUUUGAUAAUGAUGGCGCCCCGCUUGCAGAUAAUAUUAAAGUUCAUUUUGGGAGAGGAUGGCGACUUCAUGUAGAGGAUGCAUUGAACAUUGUCCACCGCUGUGCAUUAAUCAUGAAAGAGGAGCCAAAUGUUGUACGAUUAAAGGGAUCUGCUGUCGUGUGUGGGGAUCUUCACGGGCAGUUUCAUGACUUACUGACAUUGUUAGAAGUUAAUGGUCAUCCCAGCGUGCAGCAAUAUGUUUUUCUUGGAGACUACGUGGACCGCGGGGAUUUUAGUGCAGAAAUUGUACUCCUCUGCAUGUCGUUUAAGCUACUGUACCCUCGUUCCUUCAUACUACUACGUGGCAAUCACGAAUCACGACAACUAACGUCGUGUUUCAACUUCAAGCAGGAGAUUGAGAGCAAGUAUUCGUCAAUGGUGUACGAAGAGAUUAUGGCAGCGUUUGACUGCUUUCCACUCUCAUGUGUUGUAAAUGAUAGGUUUUUCUGUGUGCACGGCGGUUUAUCGCCAUUGUUAACUUAUCUUGGAGAAAUUGACACUGUUAACCGUUUCAGGGAAACACCGUCGACGGGUCCCAUGUGCGAUUUGCUCUGGUCUGAUCCCAUGUUUGGAGACGACACCGACUGUGCAACUCCCUCUGAAGAGUUGUUUGUUUUCAAUACCAAACGUGGUUGCUCAUACAACUACAGUUAUGAGGCAGUUUGUCGGUUUCUGGAGGCGAAUAAUCUUUGCACAGUCAUACGUGGCCACGAGACGCAGCCGGGAGGUUACAAACUGUAUCGUCACACCCCGAAGGGAGUUCCAGCUGUGGUUUGUGUUUUUUCCGCAUCGAAUUACUGUGGAACGUAUGGAAAUAUGGCUGCCGUGGUAGCAAUUGAUGGGGACGUGAUGAAUAUUCGUCAAUAUAUGGCGACCUCCCAUGACUCCUGCACUCCAAAUCAUUUUAAUGCAAUUAGUCGUAUGCAACCAUUGGCAAUACACGAGGCAGUUGAAAAAUGGUGUGUGGCUUCACACGGCGGAAGUAGUGGUGAUGCAAAGGCAGAAAAGGUGGAAGUAGAAAAAAAUCUUUCGGAGGAUGAUUCUUCUGUGGUACUGCGGGAGAAGUUGGGGGAUAUGAUUUGUGCGAUGCAUCAUAUAGUUACUUGA